AGAACUGUUUACUCACCAGAGCCUCGUGACCCCAACUGUUGCUCUUUUGGUGAUCCUUGAGCAGCUGCAGCGAUCGGAGAACCACUUCGCCCCGUUCCGUCGCGUAGAUGUUUGUGUACUCCCUUAAAUUUUGCUCCAACCAGUGCGAUAUGGUGUACAGCUCCUCGCGCGUCGUUUGCGAAAGCUGCCGGAAUGAGGUGUAUUCAUCGCUGGAAUCGUCCUCUAUGUAGAUAAGAUCCAGCAACUCCACCGGCUUCAGCGGAGCACUGUGCUUCUUGAGGAGCAUACUAUAGUGCUGACUCAGGCCUUCGCAGCCGGUGUUAAACAAACUGGUGACAUUCUCCAGCUCCACGCUCUGGGAAUUGUUGUGCCGGAAGUAAUCGUUGGCAUCGCGCAGUUUGGCUAGUGCGUCGAGGAACACCGAGAUGUUUCCCUCCACCGGGCCUUGAUGAAUCAACUGGCAGACCUCUUGGGAGACAUCGUAGUGGGACAGGACGCUUUCCAGACAAUUGAGAGUAGCUUCCAGAUCUAAAAAAAAAAAGAGGCGGUGACACAUUAGUUUUUUUUUUUUGAAAUCCCAUUGAGUUUAUUUUCAUACUCUGCUGCCGUUUCUGGAGCUGCUCCGUCUCCUGGUAGACGGGCAAUAUGGUCUGCUCCAGGUUUCCCAGGCGCUUCUCGAAGAUUGUUAGAAUACUGGACAUUUGCGUGGACAGAUCAUGGUAUUUAUCCACUCGAUCUUUCAGCAGAGCUAAAUUGGUGGCUUCCUAUGAGGAAAAUGGGCAUUUAUGCACACUGGCUUUGGUCAUACUGUCAAUUACCGCGUUGCCAACUACUUUGCACGAAAAAAAAAAUUAUAACGGUCAUUUCAGAUAGUAAUAGAAACUUUUUUUAAAUAUUGUACACUUAGACAAUUAGGUAAACGAUAAUGAGGCUAUGUUUUAAAUAAAUUGUUUUUACUACUAGUACUAGUUUAUUAGUCAAGUCCUAGUUUUAAAAGCCAAAACUAACGGAAAAACCCGCCAAACUGCCAUCUCCAGCCAAGACGCCAACUUUUGUUGUGGUUGGUUGCCAUGGAAUCUGUGUGUAAACAACGCACCUGCAUUUAGGAAUUUCUACCAACUAUGCAGGAUUAGCCAAUUCGACUUCUGCAACAAUGAGGGGUGUUCUCAAGUGGCUGGAACGCAUAGAGUUUCCCAAUAGCAAAGACAAUGAGAUCAGUGUCCACAAUGUGUGCUACGCACCCGAUGGCAGCCAAUUGGUGGUGGCUGCGGGGGAUCGGUUGCUCAUCUACGAUCCAAACGAUGGCUCCUUGCUGAACACCUUGAAGGCGCACAAGGAUACGGUCAAUUGUGUGGCCUACUCGCGGGAUGGCAAGCGGUUCGCCAGCGGAGCCUCCGAUAAAAUGGUCAUCGUGUGGUCACCUCAGCUUGAGGGACUGCUCAAGUAUUCGCACGGUGACUCCAUACAGUGCAUGAGCUUCAAUCCUGUUUCGCACCACCUGGCCUCGUGCUCCUUGUCGGAUUUUGCCUUUUGGUCGGCUGAUCAGAAGGCGGUGCAAAAGUACAAGAUAUCCGCGCGUGUCAAUGGCUGCUCGUGGACCAAUGAUGGACAGUACCUGAUCCUGGGCCUGGCCAAUGGCACCAUAUCCAUUAGGAACAAGUUGGGCGAGGAGAAGGGGAGAAUCGAUCGGCCUGGUGGGCCCAACAGCAACGUCUUCAGUGUCCAAUGUUGUCCGGCCAGCGGUCCUGGCAGUGUGGACACCAUCGGUGUGGUGGACUGGAGCCAAACGCUAUCCUUUCACACUCUGAGCGGCCAGAUGAUUGGCAAGGAGCGAACCCUGGGCUUUGAUCCCUUGUGCCUGCAGUACUUUCCCAAUGGGGAGUUCUGCCUGGUGGGCGGCUGCACUGGAGGUCUACACUUCUUCACCAGGGAGGGCAUUCGGCUGGGUACGUUGGGCGAUACCUUUGACACCUGGAUCUGGACAGUUGCCCUACAUCCCAAUGGUCAAUCCUACACCAUUGGGUGUCAAGAUGGAACCCUGGCCUGCUUCAACAUUGCGUCUAGUACCGUGCAUGCCCUCUACCGCGAGCGCUAUGCCUUCCGGGAAAACAUGUGCGACGUGAUCAUUCAGCACCUGAUCUCUGGCCAAAAGGUGCGCAUCAAGUGUCGAGAUUUAGUUCAGAAAAUAGCCAUUUAUCGGAAUCGACUGGCGGUUCAGUUGCCGGAACGUGUGGUUCUCUAUGAGCUGAGCUCUGGAGAGGAUCAACCCAUGCACUAUAAAGUGCGCGAGAAGAUCCAGCAAAAGUUCGACUGCAGCUUGCUGGUUGUUUGUGGCCGUCACAUUGUCCUGUGCCAGGAGAAGCGUCUCCAAUGUCUGGAUUUCAUGGGUGUCCUGCAGCGCGAGUGGAUCAUGGACUCGUUCAUAAGAUACAUCAAAGUCACCGGUGGCCCCGUGGGAAGAGAAGGACUAAUGGUGGGCUUGAAGAACGGCCAAGUGUUCCGAAUCUUUCUCAACAACUCACUACCACUGCUCAUCACCACUGCGGUGUCAGCGGUUCGCUGCCUGGAUAUCAAUUCGAAGCGCAGCAAGAUCGCAGUUGUGGACGAUGUGGGUCGCUUGGUUGUGCGGGACGUAAUCAACGAUACAAUUUUGUACCAGGAUACGGGUGUAAACAGCGUCACUUGGAACACGCACCUGGAUUCGAUGCUCUGCUAUACCCACACAACAGGCGGAUUAAGCGUUCGCGUGGGGAAUCUGCCGCCGAGGGCACCACAGAACAUGCAUGGCGUGGUGGUGGGGCUUUGCGGAGCCACUGCCUUCUGCCUGCGCGGAAAUAUUAUGCACAAUACGCCUUUGGCUCUCGGUUCCACCAUGUGGCAGUUCAUCGAAGCUGGAUUGUUUGACGAAGCCUACCAGGUCGCCUGCCUGGGCGUGACCACCAGCGACUGGGAGGGAUUAGCUCAAUCCGCUCUGGAGGCACUGCACAUAAAUAUCGCUCGCGAUGCCUACGUCAAGGUGAGGAAUCUUCCGUGGCUCAAACUCAUCGGUGAGCUACGAGAUCAGCAACAGCGAUCGGCGGUUCCUAAGGAGGUACUUCUCGCAGAGAAUUGCGCCUUUGCCGGCAAGUUCAAGGAGGCAGCUCGUCUAUUUCUCAAAUGCGGCCAGUCCUCAAGAGCACUUGAAAUGUACACAGAUCUACGUAUGUUCGAUUUAGCCCAGGAGUAUAUUAAGGACGGCACCGACCAGGAGAAGAAGGAACUGGUACGCAAGCGAGCGGAAUGGGCAUAUUCGGUUAAGGAGCCACGAGCUGCUGCGGAACUAUUGCUUUCAGCUGGCGAAAAUCAGAAGGCCAUUGAUAUUGUCGCAGAGCAAGGAUGGGCCGAUGUGCUUUACGAUAUCGGACGACGACUGAGUCUUACGGAACGCGAUUCCCUGGAAUCGGUGGCCCAGAACCUAAAGACCCUCAAAGCUCUUCCCCUGGCUGCUGAGAUUUUCAAGAAGCUGGGCGAUGAAGCCCAGGUGGUGCAACUGCACAUCGAGGUACGCGACUGGCCGGAAGCAUUUCGUUUGGCGGAAUCGCUGCCGGAACUUCUGCCCACGGUGCACUACCAGCAUGGGCAAUGGCUGGCCGAAACGGAUCAGUUUAUAGAGGCGCAUCAGGCCUACAUAAAGGCAGGACGCACCAAGGAAGCCAAUCGUUUGCUUAAGCAACUGAGCAAUACGGCCAUCGUGGAGGAGCGCUACUUGGAUGCGAGCUACUUUUAUUGGCUGCUGGCCAAGCAACAUUUAGAUGUAUAUCACGCCAAGGAAGAACAAAAUCCUGUUGAUCACCACCUUACGGAGUACAAAAAUCAUUUACGUGUUGCCAAGGUUUAUUACGCCUACAGUGUCAUAUACUCAUAUAUGAAAGAACCAUUCACCACACAUUCCCCAGUUAGCCUAUUUAACGUAAGCCGCUUUAUACUAAACGAAGUGGAGCACAAAGGUGUCCCCAAAGGUGUCAGCAUGUUUUCGGUUCUCUUCACUCUGGCCAAGCAAGCUAAGUUUUUGCAGGCCAACAAGUUAUGCCUUCUUAUUAACAAGAGACUGCAGUCGUUGAAGCCACCAGCUGGAGUCCAAGAGCAGAUUGAUCUAAAUUUUCUAAAUAGCAAGGCUUGCAAAAGUGGCUUCAAUGAUCCGGAGGAGCUUUUGCCACUAUGUUACAAGUGCUCCAACUACAGUCAACAUUUGAAUAGCAAUUGCUGUCCCACUUGCCGGCAGGAUUAUAUUUUCUCUUUCGUUUCCUUCGAAAUUCUACCCCUAGUACAAUUUUAUCCAGAAGUGGAUAUCUCUGAUGCCGAGGCGGAGCGCUUGCUGCUGGCUCCUGCAAAGCACGCCGAGGAUUCGGAUCCAUUUAACGAGGAUGUGGCCAGUGCAUUGCCUUUGAGCUUGGAUCGCAAUGGCCUGCGUGCCAUAGAUCCCAAUCAUGUGCUGAUUCUUAAACGGAGGGGAAAGAAUGUGCGGAAUGUGUACUAUCGUAAUAUAUUACCCGAUCUUCAGGUUACCUAUUGUCCUCAAUGUCUGCUGCUUUUCUAUGCGGAGGACUUUGAGCUGCAAGUGCUGCAAAAAGGUCACUGUCCCUUUUGUCACACAUCCUCCGAAAAGCUGAUGGAAGACUUUUGAAAUCGACAUAAGAAGUGUGUGCAAAUAUAUAAUUUCCGUCCAAAACUGUACAAAUAGGAACUAUACGCAAAUAAAUACGGUGUUACGCCCAGGUUUCCUCCUG